AUGGGCAAGGAGGGCGUUCACGUCUUGGGCAGCAAGGCCGACUACGACAAGGCGAGAGAGGACAAGGAUACUUUGAUGGUCAUUGACUGCUUCGCGACAUGGUGCGGUCCAUGCAAGGUCAUUGCGCCACAGGUUGUCAAGUUCUCCGACACAUACCCCAACGUCCGCUUCUACAAGGUCGACGUCGACGAGGUCCCAGAGGUCGCACAGGAGCUCUCUGUCCGCGCCAUGCCAACCUUCUUCCUCUUCAAGGGUGACAGCAAGGAGCCAAUCGAGACCGUUGUCGGUGCCAACCCAAAGGCGCUCGAGACUGCCAUCCAGCAGCACGCAUAA